UUUGAGUUUCUUGAAAUGGGUUGCUUUUAUUUUAUAUAAAGAUGCAGUCUUUGAAUGUUUGGAUUUAUUGAUGCAUUUCUUAAAUUGGGUUGCUUUGAUUUUUUAUAUUAAUAUAUGCAGUUGUUUGAAUUUAUUGAUGCAUUUCUUAAAAUGGGUUGCUUUGAUUUUAUAUAAAGAUGCAGUCUUUGAAUGUUUGGAUUUAUUGAUGCAUUUCUUAAAUUUGGGUUGCUUUGAUUUUUUAUAAAAUAUGCAGUUGUUUGAAUUUAUUGAUGCAUUUCUUAAGAUGGGUAGCUGUUGUUUGAAUUUAUUGAUGCAGUUCUUAAAGUGGGUUGCUUUGAUUUUUUUUUUAUAUAAAUAUAUGCAGUUGUUUGAAUUUAUGAUGCAUUUCUUAAAGUGUGUUGCUUUGAUUUUGUAUAAAUAUGCAAUUUUUUGAUCUUUCACUAUCUUGAACAAAGUGUGUUUUAAUGGAAUUUGAGUUCUUUGAUGUGGGGUUUGAGUUUCUUGAUGUAUUUCUUAAAGUGGGUUGCUUUGAUUAUAUAUAAAUAUGCUGUCUUUUGAUUUUUCUCUAUCUUGAAUAAAGUGUGUUUUGAUGGAAUUUGAGUUCUUUGAAGUGGGGUUUGAAUUUAUUGGUGCAUUUCUUAAAGUGGGUUGCUUUGAUUCUAUAUAAAGAUGCAGUCUUUGAUGUUUUCUUGGACUUCUUAAAAAAGGAAUAUUGGUUUGUUUUACAUGAAUGAAAUGAGUUUAGAUGAAGAAUUGGGGAUUAAUAAAUAUAGCCGACCCUAACUUGUUUGGGACUGAGUCGUUGUUGUUGUUUGGUAGGCAGGAAUUUGGUUCUGAUCUGGUGUCUAAGACCUGCUUUGGGGAUAUUCAUGGUCAGUAUUCUGAUUUACUGAGGCUAUUUGAAUACGGUGGAUUUCCUCCAAGAUCCAAUUACCUAUUCUUGGGCGAUUAUGUGGAUCGUGGGAAGCAGAGUCUUGAAACAAUAUGCCUUAUGUUUGCAUAUAAAAUAAAGUAUCCUGAGAACUUUUUCCUUUUGAGGGGAAACCAUGAAUGUGCUUCCGUUAAUCGUAUAUAUGGAUUCUAUGAUGAGUGUAAACGAAGGUUCAAUGUUCGUCUGUGGAAGAUAUUCACAGAUUGUUUUAACUGCCUGCCUGUGGCAGCUCUGCUUGAUGAAAAGAUAUUGUGCAUGCAUGGUGGACUCUCCCCCGAACUUCAUCAUCUCGAUCAGAUAAGGAACCUCCAACGACCAACUGAUGUUCCGGAAACCGGACUACUUUGUGAUCUUUUAUGGUCAGAUCCUAGUAGGGAUGUGAAAGGAUGGGGAAUGAAUGAUAGAGGUGUUUCCUACACAUUUGGUCCAGAUGAGGUGACCAAGUUUCUUCAGAAGCAAGAUCUUGAUCUCAUUUGCCGUGCCCACCAGGUCGUGGAAGAUGGGUACGAGUUUUUCGCUGACAGACAACUGGUGACGCUAUUCUCAGCCCCUAAUUAUUGUGGAGAGUUUGACAAUGCUGGUGCUGUGAUGAGUGUGGAUGAGACACUGAUGUGCUCUUUCCAGAUAUUAAAGCCCGCAGAGAAGAAGCCUAAGUUUGGAUUUGGAAGCACGACUAAAAAUGGAACAUCCCUAACCAAAACGAAGUCAUUUCUGGGUAGAAAAUUGGAUGAAAUAAACUGAACACUUCAUCACCUCGGUUAGUUCCGUGACAUGCAACCUCAUCAGAUGUUUGGCUCAGGUUGUAAGCAUCGAAGAAGAGUCUGCAUAAAAGAUACCUAUGCAUGAUAGGAAUCGAGAAAUCUGUGGCAUUUCUGAUUGCUGUGUAUAAUAUAAACCAAAAUCUGGUGAGCAUGACCUCUUAUGAUUCACCAGCAGAGAGAUUUACUAACCCAUCAACUCUUUAAUUUGUGUUUAGGGGUGUAAAUGAGUUGGGCUGUUUGUGAACAAAAGUUCAGCUUAGGCUCGUUUUAUGAAACGAGUUGAGCUGAGCUUUUGUUCGCCUUUCAGCUUGAAUAGUAAUCGAGCUGAGCUCAACAAAACUCGGCUUGUUUGUUAGUUCAUGAACGUUUUACAUUUCAAGAGUAUGUUUGUAUUCAUUUCGUGAUCUCAACGUUGAAAGUAUAUUGUCACGUUCCAGAUGUCCUACUAGCAGUGGGCAGUGCCGGCUGUUGAAUAUGUUUAGUGUCUCAUAUUGAUGGAAUGAAUAAGUUAAUGUCUCUUCAUAUGAAUUUAGGUAAUUUUCACCUUA